UAUUUAAUAGCAGAAAUACAAAUCUAGGGUUUCAAUUUUAUCCCUUUACCCCCCAAAAUUUCCUCUUUUCCCUCCCUUUGAACAGCAAUCCCCUCUUUAUUAUCAUCAGCUAACAUCCCCUUGUUUUCACGUUAAAAAACCGGUUUUUUCAGGGCCACAUAUUGAUGAUUUGUUGAGGAAUUAAGAUGAGAGUGGAAAGGUUGGGAUAAUAAUAAUAUUAUUUAGGUAUUUGUUGGUGGUUUAAUAGAUUUUAUUAUACGCAAGUUUGGUCAAAAUAUGGAUUCAGAAAGUACUAGUGUGGUCAAAUGUUGUGAUUGUGGAUGUAGUUAUUGUGAUCCAAGAUCUAGCGGUUACUCAACAGCAUGGUUACGAUCGGUUAAACGGAAACUAGACGAGUUAGAACAAGAAGAUGGUGAUAAGUUUGUUAUACCCGGGUUUGUAAUACCUUCUGUAGCGCGUGUAGAUAUCGAAAACGAGUGUAACGUGUUACGUGAGAUGGUUACGAAUCAACAACGGACGAUCGAGGAUUUGAUAUCGGAUUUGGAGGAGGAACGGUAUGCGUCAGCGUCGGCUGCGAAUGAAGCGAUGUCGAUGAUAUUGAAGUUGCAGCGUGAAAAGGCGGAGAUUGAAAUGGAAGCGCGGCAGUUUAAGCGGUUUUCGGAAGAGAAAAUGGCUCAUGAUCAGCAAGAGUUGAUGGCGUUGGAGGAGUUGUUGUAUCGACGUGAGCAGUCGAUUCAGUCGUUGACGUGUGAAGUGCAGGAGUAUAAGCAUAGAAUGAUUAGUUUUGGGCUCAUGGAAGCAGAAGCGGAUGGUGAGAAUCAGUUCUUGACGCGUGAAAACAGCGUUGCGACGAAUUUAGAAAGCCGGUUUGGGUUUGAUUUCGCGUCGUAUGAUUACCCUCGUUUGAAAUGCAAUAAUUCGAAUGGAAAUCGUGAGUACCCAGAUCACGAGAAUGAAACGGUUGAUGUAGAAAAGUAUGCGUUCAGUGAAACGCCACAUUCGUUAAAGGAUAUAGAAGAAAGAAUUAAUCAACUGGAAAGAAGUCCUGGUCAAAGUCAAAGUCAAAGUCAACCUGUUCUCGAAAAGGUUAUAGUUGGUUAUUCUCUGAUGAAGAAACACUCGAAGCGUUUAUCUAGUGAAAGUGCUGACCCGUUUUCCGAUAUGGUUAAAGAAGAUUUGGUACCGGAUUCUUCUCGGGUUGUGAAUGAAACCGUAUCGGAAUCUAGGGAUGAAACGAGUGAUAGGAUUUAUACUAUCGACUCUGUACACAACGUGAAUGAUGAUCAAAAGGGUAAUAUUGGUACUUACGAUGAUAGUUUUAUGAGUAGUCCUGAAGGGUCAACUUUCCAUGAUGAGAUUGAAGAUCCGGAAGUCAAGAAACUAUACGCGAGGCUUCAUGCACUAGAGGCAGAUAGGGAGUCCAUGAGACAAACGCUUAUCGCAAUGAGAACCGAUAAGGCACAAUUGGUAUUGUUGAAGGAGAUAGCCCAACAUUUAUGCAAAGAUAUGUCGCCACCUGGCAAGAUUUAUGUGAAGAAACCCGAUAAUGGUGCGGGUUUGUCUUUCUUUGCUGUGUUUAAGUGGAUCACUUCAUUUGGUUACUUGAGGAGAGCACAAAGAAACAAGCACAUGUUUAGCGCAAUGUCCAACAGUCCAGGCGUGCUAAUGCUUCUUGACGAGGGACAUCAGAGGGGGCAAUGGAGGUGCCUUUCAAGUACACAAGUGUAAUAAUCAAUCUCAAAACUACCCUUGAGCAUAUAUAUAUGUUUUUAUCUGUUUCAAAUUAAUAAUAUUCAUAUGUAUUUCUGGGAUCUGUUUUGAUUGCACCAUUAGGUGUCUGAUUAGUGAAGUGUUGUGUACAUAUUUUCUCUGUGAAAUAGUCCUCUUUGUAUACCAUUAAUUUCUUCUUCUUCUUCAA